CUCCCCGCUACCCGCAUCUAUUAAGUCGUUCAGUGCUUCAACGUGUUGUGCCUUUUAUAUUUUUGUCCAUUUUCUUGCCGAGCAAAGUGGCGUCCCUCCCAUAUCGUUUUAAAGCCGGCGGCGACGGAAAGAUGCCGGGCGCAGUAGGCGGGGGCCACUCCCACCGGGCAACGACCAAGGUGUCGCACAAGGGAUUCAAGUCCAGAAAGUCGACCAAGGGCCAACUGCGCGAUGCUGCAAAAGGGCGAAUUGCAGGCGAAAAGGGACAACGCAAGACACCACACCAGCAAGUCAUGUCGAAACUUGACCGACGGAACCGGGCCAAGCAGCUCCAGCAGGAGAAGGCCCGCGAGCAUCAAAAGGAGGCAUCGGUCUUUGCCGGGAAAGAUGGCGCCCCUCGAAACGUUGCCGUCAUUCCUCUCUGCGCCGACACCGACGUCGCCGCGGCGAUUCGCAGCCUGAACAGCAGCGUUGAUAUCGAGACUGAAGUACACGAAAGCUGCUUCCGGGUCCCGGUGGACAGGUUCAAGCAGAAACUGCAAUACAUCCCGGUGAAGAGAGAGUUCACUGCGUGUAUGGACGCCGCUCGAGUUGCCGACUUCGUCGUCAUUAUUCUGUCGGCCGAGGUGGAGGUGGAUGAAGUGGGCGAACUGAUCCUGCGAAGUGUCGAGAGCCAAGGCAUGUCGACUUUGUUCACUGUCGUCCAGGGGCUGAACAAAAUCGAACCCGCCAAGCAGAGGCUCUCCGUUGUCUCGUCCCUCAAGUCAUUCAUCACACACUUCCACCCGGAGCAAGAAAAGAUCUACAGCCUGGAAAACCGGCAAGAGUGUUCGAAUCUGAUUCGGUCAUUAUGCAGCACCACACCCAAGGGAAUCCGGUGGAGGGAGGAGCGCAGCUGGAUGCUUGUUGAGGACAUCGAGUGGGCGAGGUCGGGGAUGGCGCCUACCAUUCUGACCGGCGUAGUCAGGGGCAGGGGCCUAAAUGCUGACCGAUUGGUGCAAGUCGGGGAAUGGGGGACAUUCCAGAUUGAGAAGAUCACAGCUGCACCGCUUGCGACACGGAAAAGGAGGGGAGAUGAUACCAUGGAGGACGAAAAUACGGAAGAGGUGACACUCGGGGAGCCGACCGAGGAUCGGGACGGUCUCGAGGAACUUGCGCCGGAGGAGGCUAUUAUGGACGAUGACGAAGAUAUGGAUGCCGCAACGACCAUGACGGCCUCCAAAAAGGGUGUAUUGUUGGAUGAUCACCACUAUUUCUCCGACGACGACCAAGUCCAGGAGCUGCAAAUGCCGAAGAAGGUCCCCAAAGGCACAUCAAAGUACCAGGCUGCGUGGUUUUUAGAUAACAACGAUGAUGUUUCCGAUUCUGGCUCCGAGUUGGAAGACCAUGACAUGGAGGACGAGGAAGAAGAGGACGAGGCACAACCAGAAGAUGGAAUGGAAGGUCUCGCCGGGGACGCUAUGACAGAAGCCGGGCCGUCAGAGUACCCUCAGUCAGUAGCGUUCGUCGAGCCCGAUGAGGAUGAGGACGCCGAGGCACUCGAAGCCUACCGCAAGAGCAAGAGGACAGAAGCCGAGGAUGACCUGGAGUUCCCAGACGAAGUCGAGCUUCAUCCUGGUGUGCUUGCCCGGGAACGGCUCGCCAAGUACAGAGGCCUCAAGAGCCUGAGGUCGAGCCCAUGGCAGGAGGACGAGGAUCGCGCGUACGAGCCGGCGGAGUGGCAGCGGCUGCUACGGAUCCCCGAUUACCAAGCCUCUCGUAUCCGGGCAGCUCGCGAGGCCCUGGUUGGUGGUGUUGCCCCUGGUACUCGUGUCCACGUCUACAUCAAGGGAGUGACACCGGCAAUCCAGAAGACACACGACACGAGCCGGCCAAUCACUCUCAUCUCGCUCCUGAGGCACGAGCAGAAGCGGACGGUCGUCAACAUGUUGAUCAACCUCAGCUCCGACUGCCCGACGUCGAUCAAGGCGAAGGAGGAGUUAAUCGUGCAGUACGGACCGCGGAGGUUUGCCAUCAACCCCUUGUUCUCGCAGGGCGGCAGCACACCCAACGACGUCCACAAGUACUGCCGGUACCUACACCCCGGCCAGUCCGCCGUGGCGACGUUCAUGGGCCCGGUCGCAUGGGGUUCCAUGCCGGUGCUCUUCUUCAAGCAAACCGCCGUAACCCCCGAGGACGACGAGGACAACCCCCCACUGCCCUUCACGCUGAUUGCCACGGGCACCACGCUCCCGCCGUCGACGUCGCGCGUGAUUGCCAAGCGGGCCAUCCUCACGGGCCACCCGUACCACAUCCACAAGAAGAUUGUCACCAUCCGGUACAUGUUCUUCAACCGGGAGGACGUCGAGUGGUUCAGGGCGCUGCCGCUAUGGACCAGGAGGGGCCGUGGCGGGUUCUUCAAGGAGGCGUUGGGCACGCACGGGUACUUCAAAGCGACGUUCGACGGGCGGAUCAACCCGCAGGACUCGAUCGGUGUCAGUCUGUACAAGCGGGUUUGGCCGCGCAACGCCAAGUCAAUGGACGGGAUACUACUUGACCGUGUGCAGGAAGGAGACGCGAUGGAUGCGGAAUGAACGAAGAUGCAUAGAUAGACCGCCCAAAACAGGGCUUAUGACGAC